AUGCCUACCUCUGGAACACCUGCUCCAACCAACAAGAGGAAGAAGCCUUCUAAAAUCAUCACAGACUUCUCAAAUAUCUCACAACAUGACCAGGAAGAUGAAGAGGCUGAUGCCACUGAACUGAAUCUGGGGACCAAAAUCAAGGCCCCUAAAGAUGUGAUGUUGGAGGAGCUGACCCUCAUGAAAAACCAUGGCUCCAAAAUGUUUAAGAUGAGACAGCAAAGGGUGGAGAAAUUCAUCGUCAGUGAUGAAAACUUGCAAAACCUCCAGAACCUGACUCCUUCUCUGGGCUGUGAGAUGAUGACUCCACUUGCUCCAUCUCCCAAACCAGGGCCACCUCUAGAGGAAGUAAAUACUGAGGCAGAGAAGGAAAAGGGAAGGCAUGAGUAUGUUAAAACAUAUGUAUCACCAUGGGAACGUGCUAUGAAAGAUGAUGAGGCUGUUAAAGAAACCUUGAAGUUGAAAAUGCCAUGGCCUCAGGUUUACAAGGAACUUCCUAAGUACAAGAGUUUUAACAGAUAUCACAUCAUUAUUUAAAGAAUGGCUUUACCCUUUGGAGGAUUUGACAAGGCCUCUCACCAUAUGACCUUUGAGCCCCCAAAGGUCAAAGUGACAGCUGAAGAGUCACAGCCAGUGCCUGUGUUGCAGUACAACCUUUGCUGUCGACCUUCUUUCAACCGCACUCCAAUCGGCUGGACAUGCAGUGAGGAGCUCAGUCACAUCCACAUGGAGCUGGAAAAAAUCCCCUUUGACCGGGAGACUGACGACCUCUGA